AUGCCAUCAAUGAAGUUAUCUGAGUCUCAUAUCUUGCUUUGUCGAAGCAUCAAGCAAACUGAAACUGAUGCCAGUGGGCUCACUCCACUUUUAGCAGAUUUCAAUUCUUUGGAAAAUCAAUCUUCAAGAGGUGCAUCAGUUUCUGGUGCGGUGUUUAACAUCUGCACAACAAUGGUUGGAGCUGGAAUCAUGUCGAUUCCAGCCACUAUUAAGGUCCUACGGAUCAUUCCUGCCUUUGUUGUCAUCUUCAUGAUUGCAUUCUUGGUUGAGGUCACGGUUGAUUUCUUGUUGAGGUACACUCAAUCUGGCAAGGCGACCACCUAUGCUGGCCUAAUGGCAGAGUCCUUUGGAUCAUUGGGAUCCCUUGCGGUUCAAAUCUGUGUUAUGGUCACUAACCUUGGUUGUCUCAUCAUUUACUUGAUUAUCAUUGGGGAUGUCCUCUGUGGAAAUCAGUCUGGAGGAACCCUGCACUUGGGGAUUUUACAGGAAUGGUUUGGCAUCCAAUGGUGGAACUCGCGUGCUUAUGUGAUACUCUUUGUUGUACUCUUGGUUAUGCUUCCAUUGGUGUUGUUGCCACAUAUGAAUUCAUUGAGGCGCACUUCAGCAAUAUCUAUUCUUCUUGCAAUAGUGUUUAUAAGCUCAGCAAUGGCAAUUUAUGCAUUGUGGAAAGGAAAAACUCAAAAUAUGGGAUUGCUACCAGACUUUGCCAAUCAGGUCUCUGUCCUUGAUCUUUUCACAACUGUUCCAGUCCUUGUAACGGGGUUUGGGUUUCAUGUUAACAUUCAUCCGAUAAGAGCAGAACUUGGUAGACCUUCUGAUAUGAGCUCUGCUGUCAGGAUUUCUUUAGCAAUCUGCACAGCCAUUUACAUCUCUAUCGGUUUCUUUGGCUACAUGCUCUUUGGGGACUCCAUCAUGGCAGAUAUGCUAGUCAACUUUGAUCAAAAUUCUGAUUCUGCAGUUGGUCAACUAGUAAAUGAUACUGUUCGAUUAAGCUAUUCAUUGCACCUAGCUCUUGUAUUUCCAGUAAUGAAUUUCUCCUUGAGAGCUAACAUAGAUGAACUCCUCUUCGCAAAGAAGCCUGUUCUGGCCAGAGACACCCCAAGAUUUGCAAUUCUCAGUUGUUUAUUGCUUGGUGUUACAUACAUAAUCGCCAUAGUCAUACCAAAUAUAUGGUACUUCUUCCAGUUCUUAGGAUCGACAACUGUUGUUUGCCUCUCAUUCAUUUUUCCAGGAGCCAUUGUUCUCAGGAAUGUUCAUGGCAUAUCGGCGAGAAAAGAUAAGGUCAUGGCAGUUUUAGUGAUCAUCCUGGCUAUUGUGACAAGCAUAAUUGCCAUAGCUACCAACUUGUGGAGUAGUUGAUCAGAAGACAAAACCAUAAAUAUUUGUUGCAUUUAAAGAAGAUUCCUCAUCCUCACGUGAGCAUAUCUGCAAUGUUAUUACAGAAUUCAAGAGCAAUGCAAAGGUCACAGAAGCAGAUUAUCCUUCUGGGAUAUCAAACUUGAACAGCUCAGACCAUAAUCUCUUCCUGAUUUGAUUGCAACAUAAAUUUCAAAGAUAUCAAAUAUCUUUGAUUAAAUUAUAAUUCUUCCACAUCUUUCUAUUCUCUUUUUGUUAUCUUUUUUGUAUAUUUUAUAGUAGUCAUUAAGCAAAAUGCUACUUGCAUUUACUUAUUUGAGUAAAUAAUAAUAUCUUCUCUGGAAUAAAACAAAGGCUCACCUACCACAAAUAAGUAGAUAGAUUAGUGAGUAUUUUCCCAUUAUUGAGAAAUUUAUGCUAAAUGAGAAAUUUAUGAGUUUAUUUUCCAAA